AGAAUCUCUGGUUAUCAUUUGCAGGACAGCCUUUAUCCUCCUCACCAAGAAAGACUCGUGAAUACUCAACUCAGUCAUCAAUGGCUUCUUCCUCUCGCUGUCAAGGCAAAUAUGAUGUGUUCUUGAGUUUCAGAGGCGUAGAUACUCGUAAGAACUUUACCGAUCAUCUCUACGCUGCUUUGCAUCAGAAAGGAAUCUUCACAUUCAGAGACGACGAAGAACUCGAGAGAGGAACGGAGAUUUCAUCGGAGCUCUUGAAAGCCAUCGAAGAAUCGAGAUUUUCGAUUGUAAUUCUCUCAGAAAACUAUGCUUCUUCCCCGUGGUGCUUGGAUGAGCUUGCGAAAAUUGUUGAGUGCAUGGAGGUGAAGAAGCAGAAGGUUUUUCCGGUUUUUUACGGCGUAGAUCCAUCGGAAGUACGGAAUCAGACCAGAAAGUUUGAAAAAGCUUUUCGUCAACAUGAAGCAGAGAUCGAUGAGGAGAGAAUUGAAAGGUGGAGAUCAGCUCUUGGUCAACUUGGCAAGACCGCUGGUUAUCAUUUGCAGGACAGACAUGAAUCGCAAUUGAUCAAACAAAUUAUUGAGGAAAUAUCAAAACAAUUAAAAUCAGUUAGUACCAAUAAGGGUCUUUUUGGAAUGGAACCUCGUGUGCAGCAUUUAAUAUAUGGUUAUUUACAAACAGAAGUGGAUGAUGUUCGCUUCAUUGGCAUAUGUGGGAUGGGAGGAAUAGGUAAAACUACAAUUGCUAGAGUUUUAUAUGAGACACUUUCGGAUCAAUAUGAAUGUAGCAGCUUUGUUGCCAACGUUAGAGAAGUCUCUGGAUCAAUAGGUCUAGCUCCUUUGCAAAAAGAACUCCUUUCUGAAGUCAUAAAAGAAAGAAAUUUACAAAUAAGCGAUUAUCAUCAAGGAAUCAAUUUGAUAAGUAGUCGGCUUUGUAGGAAAAGAGUUUUUCUUGUUCUUGAUGAUGUUGAUCAAUUAGAACAAUUGGAAGCAUUGGCUGGAGAGCAUGAGUGGUUUGGUUCUGGUAGUAGAAUCGUCAUUACAACUAGAGAUCAACAUUUGCUUGUAAGCCAUGGAAUAAAAGAUACACAUAUAUAUAAGGUUGAAGGAUUGAAACAAGAUGAAGCUCUCAACCUGUUUGAAUCAAAGGCAUUCAAAAACAAGAAACCCUCUGAUAAGUAUGUUUGGCUCUCCAUGAGUGUCGUAAGUUAUACGCAAGGACUUCCAUUAGCUCUUGUAGUGUUGGGAUCCUAUUUGUGUAAUAGAAGUGUAGAGGAAUGGACAAGUGCCUUGGACAGACUACGGGAUGUUCCAAAUGAAAGAAUUGCAAAAGUGCUAAGAAUAAGUUAUGAUUCCCUAGAUCAAAUAGAUAAAAGAAUAUUUUUAGAUAUCUCAUGUUUCUUUAAUGGGAAAAACAAAGAUCGAGUCAUGGAAAAACUAGAUGGUUUUGGUUUUAAUUCAGCUAUCGGAAUAAAAGAACUCGAACAAAAAUCUCUAAUAACCAUCCAAAAUAAUGAGUUGUGGAUGCAUGAUUUGAUACAAGAAAUGGGUUGGGAAAUUGUUCGUGAACAACAUCGUGAUAACCCUGGAAAAUGGAGUAGGUUAUGGCUUUCUAAGGAUAUCUUUCGUGUUUUGAGAGAAAAUAUGGGAACAGAUUCAGUUGAAGGAAUGCUACUGGACCAGCCUGAAGUUGAAAUUGUAAACUUGAAUGGUAAAUCCUUGUCUAAAAUGAACAAUUUGAGACUGCUCAAAAUCAGUAACGUGCACAUUUCGGGAGACCUAGAGUACCUCUCAAAUGAGUUGAGAUUUCUGAAAUGGCACAAAUAUCCUUCAUAUUCAUUGCCUUCAAGUUUUCAUGCUCAGAAUCUUUGUAAACUCAACAUGUGUUAUAGUCAUGUCGAACAUCUUUGGAACGGAAUAAAGUCUUUUGAGAAGUUGAAAAUCAUGAAGGUUAGUCACUCUUACAAUCUGAUUAGAACACCAGACUUCACACAAAUUCCGAAUCUAGAGAGGCUUGAUCUUGAAGGGUGUAUAAGUUUGCUUGAGGUUCACGAAUCCGUUGGACUGCUCACAAAGCUUGUGCUUUUAAAUUUGAAAGACUGCAAAAAUCUUGUGAGUUUCCCAAGCAGCGUCUGUGGUUUGAAAUCUCUCAAGAAUCUGAAUCUAUAUGGCUGCUCGAAACUUGAAAAACUUCCCCAGAACUUGGGGGAAGUCGAGUGUUUGGAGGAGCUAGAUUUAAGUGGGACUGCAAUAAGAGAACUGCCACCCUCUAUUACUCUCUUGACACAUCUUGAAAAGCUGUCUCUCCGUGGAUGUAAUGGGCAACAAAACAGAACAUGGACUUCUUCCAUCUGGUCAUUGCUUUUGCCGAAAAGAUACCAAGAUUCAAUGUGUUUAUCGCUGGCUAAUUUGAUAGGUCUGAAGUCUCUUAGAACAUUAGACUUGAGUGAUUGCAAUCUUUUGGAGGGAGCAAUCCCCAAUGAUCUUUGUUCCUUAGUCUCUUUAGAAACUUUAGAUUUAAGUAGAAACCAUUUUGUUAGCCUGCCAUCAAGAAUGAAUCAGCUUUCUAAGCUUAAAAAUCUUUCAGUGAACAAUUGCCAGAGGCUUGAGUCUUUGCCAGAGCUUCCAUUUGGAAUAAUUUUUAUUGGGGCACAAGCUUGCGUUGCAUUGAAAACAUUCUCAAGUCCACUAAGUCCAANGAAAAACUAG